AUGCCAGCUAUUGGCAAAGAAGAUUACAGCACUGAUGCGUUUAUUGAAAAGUUCCUCUCUCCCUCCAAUUUGGGAAAUGAGGCCCUCCUGACGCAGCAUUUGCUCGGUCAACCUUACUUCAAGUCGGUAUCUCAGUCAGACAUUGUGGUAGAGUGGCAGCAGGUGGCAAGUCAUGGAAACGCAAAGCGUGACCAAGGGAGGCUUUCAAAGAAAGUUUCGGAAACAAGUGACGGAAAGUUCUACAUGGAGCAACACUAUGUGAAAGUCAACGGUCAAUGGAAGAUUGCGGCUAUUAAGCCUAGUCUGUUAUUUGAAACAGGAAAUUUUGUGAAAGUGCGGACCUCAAACGAGUAG